AUGGGCCAUGGUAAAAUCAUUCAUGCGGUUACCCAUGAAUAUACAAAUACCUACGUGCCAAAGAACCUUUCCGCGAUUUCUCUUGUCAGGCUCUUUGACACAGACCCAGAGGACGAGAGUGAGACUACUUUAGGUUCCAUCCUCUCAGAAAACGAGUACUGUAAACGAGAAGAUGUCUUCUUGAUUGUUAAAGUCCAUCCUAGGAAUUUGGGCAAAGAAGCUACGAGAGUGUCCAUUGAGAGAUCAAUGAAAAGACUGAAGACAGACUAUAUUGAUUUGGUCCUUAUCAAAGCACCAUCUUGUGAUACAAAAGGGUUCGAAUGUGACGCAGACGAAAAUCGAGGCACGUGGCAGGAAUCGUGGAAGGUGAUGGAAGAAAUGAACAAAACGGGAAGCAUUCGUUCUAUUGGUGUCAGUAACUUUAAAAUUUCUCAGCUAAAGGAGUUAAUGGCAGAGGCCACAGUUCCCGUCUCAGUUCUCCAAGCAAGAUUUGAUUUAAUGAAGAGAAAUACGAAGUUGAGGAAAUUUUGCAACUAUAAUGGUAUUCGGUUCAUGGCUCAUAGCUUACUUGGGUUCGGGUGGGUGAAGGAUGGUUCCACAACAAAUAAUCCAAUUCUCAGUAGCAGUGCGGUAAUGCUGGCAGCUAGAAAGUACCGCACAAGCCCGGCGUCCAUUUUGAUAAGAUAUGCUUUGGAUCGAGAUAUCACGGUGGUACCUAGAUCCUCAAACCAGCUGCAUAUCGCACUGAACAAGUUUUCUACCUCUCUAGAUAAUCAAGACAGCCCCGAAAUAUUGGAAGAUUUGGAAAACAUCCCACAUGUACCAUAA